UAAUAUUACACAUUGAGCCUGAAAAUGGGUAGCAUAGCAAGAACAUGGAGAGAACUUAGUGGCCAAAGUAAGUGGAAAAGUCUAUUAGAUCCACUAAACAUUGACCUUCGUAGGUAUGUCCUACACUAUGGACAAUUUGCUCAAUCUACAUAUGAUGCUUUCAACUUUGAAAAGUUAUCUAAGUAUGCUGGUAAUUGUCUUUAUUCUAAAAGGGAUUUCUUUUCCAAGGUUCAUUUGGAAAACAAUAACCCUUUUAAGUAUACUGUAACCAAGUAUCUGUAUGCAACAUCCAAAGCAAGUGAUAGUGAAUCCUUUCUCUUGAGGUCAUUUUCAAAGGAUGCUUGGAGCUUGGAGUCAAAUUGGAUAGGGUAUGUUGCUGUUGCCACUGAUGAAGGUAAAAUAGCAUUAGGGAGAAGGGACAUAGUUGUUGCUUGGAGAGGAACAAUUCAAGGUUCAGAGUGGGUUACCAAUUUUCAUUUAGAUUUGGAUCCUGCUCCACUAAUAUUUGGUAGUGAAUCUCUUGCACAACUACACAAUGGUUUUUACUCUCUUUAUACUUCCGCUAAUAAGAAUUUACAAAGUGCCAGAGAUCAGGUUCUAAACGAGAUUAGAAGACUUGUGGAGCUAUAUAAGGAUGAAGAAAUCAGCAUAACUAUAACUGGACACAGUUUAGGUGCUGCACUUGCAACUAUAAAUGCUGUGGACAUAGUUACUAACAAAUUCAACAUCCCUAAAGACCAACCUCAAAAAGCAUGUCCAGUAACAACCUUUGCGUUUGCUUCCCCUCGUGUUGGAAACUCAAGUUUUGCAAAGAUUUUCUCCGACUUCAAAAAUUUGAGAGCUUUGGUUAUUCGAAAUGAGACGGAUGUUGUUCCGAAAAGUCUCUUACUUGUGUAUUAUGCGGUUGGAGAGGAAUUGUUAAUCGAUACAAGGAAAUCUAAGUACUUGAAAAGUGGGGUUAGUACACAUAACAUGGAGGUUUAUUUGCAUGGAGUUGCGGGAACACAAGGGAGUAAAGGAGGGUUUAAUUUGGAGGGGGUUCGGGAUAUUGCACUUGUGAAUAAAAGUAAUGAUGGUUUGAAAGAUGAAUAUAAUGUGCCUGGAAGUUGGAGGGUUGUUGAGAACAAGGGUAUGGUUCAACAAUCUGAUGGUAUUUGGAAGCUUAUGGAAGAACAUAAUGAUGAUAUUCUAGCAAUUCGUGCAAAGGUGUAACAAUUUAGCAUUGUCUUGGUUGUUGUGUUUAUGUAUUUCAAGUUUGCAUUCUUGUUUUCGUUUGGUGAAUUGUAUGCUUUAUCUUGAUUGAGUCUUGUUUACA